AUGUUUGUGGAGACCUUGGUCCAGUGGUGGCUGUGCAGGGUCAUCUUUUACAUUCUGGCAGCAAGUGUGGUGCUUGCUGCUGACACCUCAUGGCCUUGCCCGCUGUGCUGCCGGUGCAACUCUGAGGUGCUUGAGGUGAACUGUUCUAGGUGCCAGUUCCCCAAGGUACCAGAUGGACUCUCGACAGACAGCCAGCUUCUGAAUCUCACCUAUAACAAAAUAAAAACCUUGGAACGUCAGCAGUUUUCCAGUCUAACCCAACUUUGGGACUUGGAUUUAAGUGACAACAUUCUGAACAUGAUCGAGGCGGAAGCCUUCUUGGGUUUGCAAAACCUGCUAACGUUGCGCAUCGCUCGUAAUCGUCUCAAGAUAAUCCCUGUCGGGGUGUUCUCUGGCCUGACCAGACUGAGGCUCCUGGACGUCAGUCAAAAUGAGAUUCUGGUUUUGCUUGAUUUCACGUUCCGUGACUUGGCAGCCCUGCAGAGGAUAGAGGCGGGAGAAAAUGACUUGGUCUAUGUCUCGCAGAGAGCAUUUACAGGCCUGUCCAGUCUACAAGAGCUUCACCUCGACCACUGCAAUCUGACCUCUGUGCCAACAGAGGCUCUGGCGCAACUAAGUGGACUGACACGCUUGCGGUUCCGUCAUCUUGGUCUCACGACUUUGCCAAAUAAUUCUUUCCGAUGCCUUGGGCGUCUUAGGGAACUCAUCGUGUCACACUGCCCCUGGUUGGAAACCCUGGCGGAAAACAGUCUCUUUGGCUUAAACCUGACAUCUCUGACUGUCUGCCACUGUAACCUCAGCACUAUGCCCUACACUCCACUGCAUCACCUGGUCUACCUUCGCUAUCUUGACCUUUCGUUUAAUCCAAUCACGUACAUUCAGGGCAACCGCCUCAGAGAGCUGCUACGACUGGAGGAGCUCCAUCUGGUGGGCGGAGGACUGCUGCGCAUCGAGCCUGGAGCUUUCCGUGGCCUGGAACGCUUUCGUUUGCUCAAUGUGUCUGGAAACCUUCUAGCUACACUCGAGGAGAAGGCUUUCCAUUCCGUCGUUAACUUGGAAACCCUGCGUAUAGACGGGAACCCACUGGCGUGUGACUGCCGGUUGUUAUGGGUGGUGCACAGGCGCCUGUAUCUGGACUUUGGCGGGCGUCCGCCAGUCUGCACCGCCCCGGUCCAGGUGCAGGGCCGGGUUUUCCGUGACUUCUCUGAAGCUGAGCUCCCGGGUUUGUUCACCUGCCGUCAAGCAAGAAUUUUAAACCGAAAACCUCAACAAGUACGGAUCGAUGAGGGACAUACAGUCUUGUUUUACUGCAGUGCUGAUGGUGACCCCAAGCCUUCGAUCAUCUGGCUGAGUCCACAGCGCAUACCUCUGUCGCCCACGGGGAGGGUACAUGUUUUACCCAACAAUUCGUUGGAGGUUCGCUACGCCCAGGUGCAAGACAGCGGCGCAUACCGGUGUGUAGCGUCCAACGCUGCAGGGAACGACAGCAUCGCCGUAGGCCUUCAAGUGUGGGGAUUUUCCCAGAACCACUCCAGAAGGAUUCACCCGGCGUUGUCUUACCCUGCCGGCAACGGGUCAUCUCACGCACAUCAACCUUUUCCGUUUGAUGCCAAAACACUGGUGAUCGCGGUGACCUUGGGAUUUCUGUCCUUCAUUGGCUCUGUUGUUAUAUGUUUCGUUUUCAUGUUUUUCUGGAGCCAGGGGAAAGGUCAGAUCAAACACACAGCCACAAUUGACUUUGUGCCACGAAGCACCAUUGCAGGUCACGGUAGUGGAAACCGCGUGGAAUCUGGCAGAUUCACAAUGAAACUGAUUUAA